AUAUGUACGUAUGAAUAUACAUAUAUAAAUGUAUAUACGGUGUCAGGAAAGCAAACUACCUUUGCAGUUGCAAGCGAACAUAUUGUACUGUGCUUGGUGCUAAACGUUUGAUCACCAUGAGGACCUUCAUUUUAAUGCUACUGUAGAUUUCUGUCGAAUCGUAAAUAUUACACGAUGAGAUCAAAAACGAUGAAGGUGGUCACUCAACCAAAUUCAACUAUUUGGAGCUAUCAGAACUCAACAGAUGUCGCGCCCCUGGCAUGGUCUAGCUGCUGGCUCUCGUUGCGUUCAGUGGCGCCAUGAGCGCAGGCUUGUCCGAAUGUCAGCGUAGGCGUGAAAACUCACUCCGCAACCAAAGUAACCCAAAAGCCAAUCAGACAAAUAUUGAAACUGUCGGCAUGGUGGUCGAAUGUAACGACGACGGAACCUAUAAGCCUCUCCAAUGCUUUCCCCCUGCUGUAGGCGGUGGACGAUUCUGCUUAUGCUACGAUUCCGAGGGUCAAAUAAUCAAACAGGCUUCGAAGAGGACUAAAACCUGUGCCUGCCAUCUUGAAAAGUACAACGUCGAGAAAAAGCGUGGUCAGACUGGCCUCGCUUGUGAAGUCGAUGGAUCUUUCAAGAAGACCCAAUGCAGCGGAGGCAGUUGGUGGUGUGUAGAUCCCGCAACAGGCGCAAUGAAAGGCUCGAAACGUUCCGGUCCUUGCUCGACCGCUACGUGUGCUUAAAGAAAUCCCUUCAUUACCACCAAAUCAUUACCCUAGUUGUUAGCUUAGCGACGAACAGCAAAGAGAUCUUUAUAAAAGAAGAUAUAUCAUACACAGUACAAGAGUGACACCGAAGAUGAACCGAAAGAGCCAAGUUUCGAUUAUUAAGCUGACAACUGAGCCCGCCGGGCCGAUAAAUAGCAUCAUGUGAGACUGAGCUGAAAGCAGAAAACAAAUGUAUUGCUUUUUAUUAGGUAAAUAAAAAAAAAUAUCCUCUAAACACUGAA